CGCGAGAGGUAUAGGCGGUGCUUCAAAUCGAAAGUAAACUCAAGCGUACGAGGAAAUAAAAUAAAAUCAGGCUUUUCUUCGUACUGCUGUUGCAUUUUUGCUGACUUUCACGUUUUUGUUUUACUCGUUUGAAAAAAAGGAGUUUUCUGGCUGCCAUGCCCAAAAGUUCCGUGUUGAAGAUAAGCAGCGAAAAUGCAGCUAGGGUGGAAACCUUCCACCAGGCCAUGUCAAAUGAGGCAAAAAAUCUCUUCUCCACUGUCAUUCCCUCCAAGAUCCUCCAGAUGGACGCUCUGCUCCAGGAUGUCUGCGUGACAGACAUGUCGUCGCUCAAAGCUCCACUGGACAUCCCCAUACCUGACCCACCCCCCGCCGAUGAGGACAUGGAGACGAAUGAGGACGAAGAGAAGAAGAAGAAAAAAAAGCCCACAUGCGGCUUCAUCAAGUCCCACGAGAUCAUCUUGGCGCUGGUGGGCAGAUUGAAACCCGAAAUUGUCAGCCUCAGAGAGACCAUCAUCACCGUCACAAGCUGGAUUCAGCACCUCAUCCCCAAAAUUGAAGACGGUAAUGACUUUGGCGUCGCCAUUCAGGAGAAAAUCUUGGAGAGAAUCGCUGCAGUCAAAACGAAAGUAGAAGGCUUUCAGACGAACCUCAACAAGUACUUGCUGGAGAGGGGAGACGCUGUGGCCAAAGCGUCCAAAGACACUCACGUGAUGGACUACCGCUCGCUGGUCCAUGACAAGGACGUGGCCAUCUACUCCGACAUCCGAAUGAUCAUCCUGGACUUACGUAGCUUCUAUGUGGAACUGUACGACAUGAUCAGCAAGAACAUGGACAAGGUGACCAAUCCCAAAGGCGAGGAGAAGCCGUCUAUGUACUGAAACAGGCGACCCAUGAGCAGAUUUUUUUUUUUUUUGCUCUCAGAUAAACUGGGUUAAACACUGAAGUAAUCAAUAAAACAGUAUCAUUUUG